AUGAACGAAAAGCCAAAAACAGAAGAAUCGAAGUCUCCACUACUGAGUUCGGGGCCUCACAUUAAACCUUUGAUACCCGAGACUGUGCUAGACGUCACUUCGCAACGUCUCUCGAUUGUGUCCUUGUUUUUUCUCAUUCAGGGAUGGAAAAUUUACGAUCUUUACCUGAUCAAGAAUGACUUUUUGAGAGAGGCUUUACAUAGCUCGCUGUCGGUGAACCUUCUUCCUCCGGAAUGGAAUUUUAUUUUCAAGUACAUGUUCCUAGAUGGUUUGGUUGUGUGGGCAAAUUCCGUUUUGAGAAUCCCCAAAUUGGCAUUGAAACCAUAUGCAUCAGUGCUCCUGAUUCUGGUUCUUUAUACUAUCACAAUUCUGCUGACAACCAAUUUGAAUUUUUCUUUCCUUCCUCUUUUCACUGGACUUAUUCAAAAGCUCCACCCAGAAAAAGAGUUAGCGAUUGCUGAGGGCCUUGUUAACCCUCAAAACCUUCUUGACCAGUCUACUCACUUCAAAGGCAAAAAAAUGAUCAGAUUUUUGCCAGAUUCCUCGAUCAAGCUCAAUCCUUUCAACCAAAAUUUCUGUUUGCAGCACACGCAUCAUAGUAAAGUGAAAGUGCCUGUCAAAUAUAAUUCCUCGAGCGAAUUGGACUUUUUACAGAUUGUCCAUACCGACUUUGAUAACAAUAAGUACACACUGAAUUACACGAGAAAAGAGCUGAAGAAGUUUUUGUCCGCAGAUUAUUCACAAGUUCAAGGUUGGGACAUCAACUAUAUUGAUGAACGAGUCUCUUAUUUGGAAUUGGAAUUUGAUAAGCCAGGAUAUUAUAUGGUUCGGCAGGCGCAGGAUGUGAAACAUAAAAACAUCCGCAAUUAUAGGUCCGAUCUGGUAAUUCCAAGGUGUCCGAAUGCCCGUUUUGAAGAUCUGGAGCAGCUCAAAAAUGUGUGUGUCGAUGACGAACUUGAUCAGCUAUCCAUAGUGGUCACUGGAGUUCCUCCUUUGACUUUAGUGUACGAGGAGGAGGUUAAUGGCGAAUUAUCUCAUCUUCCAAACUCAAUCAUUGUUCCUGAAGAUAAAGGCUUUCACUCGCCUCUAUUGUCCAAGGAUUAUUACACUGGAAAAAGUAAUAUGAAAUCCUUGGACUUUCAAUCGAAUGAUCUCAAAGACAUAUCUUGGGCCAAGUCUCAUGUUAUAACUGUUCCAUUGGCUAGUCGGAAAAUUGAAAAAGCAGGUGACUUUAUAUACACCAUUGGCAAGGUCAUUGAUGGUUUUGGAAACGUUGUUGAAUACUCGCCAAAGCCAAGUGAUGUCUAUCAUUUCUACAAAGUGAAGUCGCAUCCUUUGCCAUUGAUCAAUUUUGUUGAAUCUAAACCAAACACUCCAAUUUUGAUCGGAGAAGAAAAGUAUUUAGAGUUGAAAGCCAGCCAUGUUAUCAACCCAUCAGCAGAAGGCCCAUAUGCUGCUGACAUCAAGUUUGUCCCUGCUGAUGGUGAUCUUGAAAAAUCUAAGACCACGACCCAUGUGUUUGAUUUCAAGAAGCCUGCAAAAGUCCUUGCUAAAGAGCCUGGAACCUAUGUACUUGAAUCGGUCACUUCCAAAUUCUGUUCCUGCAAAAUAGGCACAUCAACUAUCAAUGUGGUACAAGCUAAUCUUCCUCGUAUGCAUGUUUCCGCAACGCCUAUAGUGGAUAACUGUGUUGGAACCACUGGAUUCAAGUUUGCGUUUGAUUUUAUCGGUACAGGUCCGUUUGAGGUGGCAUACAAAGUUUCUAGAUUAGAUCCAAAAAAUGAGAAACGAGUUCUGUCGACCAAGGAUGCCAAAAUACUACGUUCGGAGACGUCGACCUUUGAGUUCGAUUACAAACCGCCUACAGAAGGGAGCUAUGCGAUCGAAUUCGUGGCUCUCAGUGAUGCAUAUUACAAACGAAAGGUUACCUUCACUCAUCAGGAACACCGCUACGUCACUUACUUUGAGCAGAGACCUAGAGCUUACUUCUCUGAAAAUAACAAGGUGACUAGAUUAAAUGUCUGCCAUGCCGAGAAGGCAUCUAUUGACCUACACUUGGAUGGAAAACCCCCAUAUCAAAUUGCUUACGAUCUCAUUUAUCCAGAUUAUAGAGUCGAAAAAUUUGAGAUUUCUGACAUUGUUGAUCAUCAAUUCAAAAUUGAGACCGGCCGCUUGCAUCUCGGGGGAGAGUACAAGUUGCUGUUAAGAAAUGUUACAGACGCAUCAAAUUGUUGUAUGGAGUUCAAAGGUCAAGAAGUCCAUAUAAACGUGCGCAAAAGCUCGCCCCAGUUGAGCUUCUCUCAGUCAGAAUCAUACAAGUUUGUGCAGGGUAAAACUCUACUAGUGCCUUUGAAGGCUGACUUCAGUCAAAAGACAAAUCUGAAAUACCGUUUCACAUCUCUGGAUGGUUCAACUAGCCAGGAAGAAGUUCUCUACGACUUCAAUCCAGCUGAUGGCUUCCCUAUUAAAAAGGAGGGCAUUUACGAGCUCUUGGAAUAUUCCGUUGACCAGUGCCCAGGCGUGGUGUCGGAAAGUCAUCAAGUUCACGCCACGUAUCUUCCUAAACCAAAGUUGAGAAUAGUUGAGACAGAUGAUUUGACUUUGCUGUCUAAGAACAGCUAUCGAAAAUCGACUCUUUGCCAGCUAUCCCCGGAAUCCAUAGAGCUGCAGGCGAUCGGCGAGGCUCCAUUCAUUAUUGAAUAUUCUAUCAAACAUCCAAGUGGAACAAUGGAGCAGAAGACGGAACAAAUUUCCAACAAGUAUUUCUCCAUCCAGCUGAAGACCAGCGAAAGUGGCGAUUAUGAGUAUGCCAUCAAAGCUGUUUAUGAUUCGAUAUACACGAACGAUAUACUGGACAGUCUUGUGAGGUCUGGCGAUUAUCGUUUUGAAGAGAUCCAAGUUAAACAAAGCAUCUCUUCAUUGCCUACAGCCCGUUUCGUCGAAAACAAAAAAGUUUAUCAAACGUGUGUUUCGUCUCUAGGUAACUUGGAACUCCUCGAAGAAAUUCCAAUCCGCCUAACAGGAAGACCACCAUUUGAUGUGAAGCUUGGAAUUUACAACGAGCAGGAUGGAUUGAGAACUCUCAAACUCAACAAGAUAGAAACCGAAAAAAUUGACCUUUUGAAUCUCUACGAGCACUUGAGGAUCGGAGCUUACCAGGUCUCCAUCCUUGAGGUGACAGACUCAAAUGGCUGCUUUAGCAGCGACUUUGACAAGGAGUCUGUCAGCAUCCAAGUCUACGAUGUUCCUAAAAUCCGGCAUUUGACAGACGACAUCAUACAUCCCGAGGAACAAAGUCUAAAACGGCUUGAAGAAAUAUCAUCUUAUUGUGUGGGCGAUCACAUCAAUUACAUGCUAACGGGUCUUCCUCCAUUCACUGUCUACUACGACUUCAACGGAAAAAGACAGAAAGUGAACGUGAAUUCCAACUAUUUCAAGAGAAGGGCCUCAAGUGAAGGUGAUUUGUCGAUUCUUGCGCUUUCAGACUCAUCAUCAAAGAAUUGUGUGGUCAACUUCACCUCGAGUGACGGCAAGAGCAGUACUAGGCCAGACUUGAAAGCUAGAAUUUAUGAUCUACCAUCUGUUGAAAUAACCCAGGGUGAUUCCAUAGAGGAAGACAUUCAAGAGGGUGACAAUGUUGAGAUUAUAUUCAGAUUCAGUGGAACGCCGCCAUUCAAGCUCACCUAUAUCCGUACCGAUCUUGUUGAACCAAACCGCAUUGUGGAAACGGAAGUGGUGGAUAAUAUCAUGGAACAUGAAUAUAGAAUAUGGGCACGCUUAGAAGGGAUUUACGAAGCUAUUGAAGUCCAAGAUGCUUACUGUGUGGCCAGAAAUCAUAAAUAA